CCAAAAAUUUUCUUUAUCAAAAUAUAAAACUUAGCAUUUAAAAUAAUACAUAAAAUUAUUUUGUUAAGUUUUUUUUGGCUGUUUGUAAAGAAAAAAGUUGUUAAACAUUUUCCUAAAAAAAAUUAUGUGUAUACAGGGUCUUAUUUUCUGUUUUGUUUAUUUGUUCGAAAUAAUCAAGGCAUGCGGGAAAAUUAAAGUGCCGCACGUGGAUUUCAAGAAGAAGGAAGUUAGCCCAACGAAUAACGCGUGUCGGAUCAGAUCCGCCAUAACCUGGAAAAAAACUGGCAGACUGAUCAUAAUGAGUUUUAGCUACGAAGUUAUUCUGCGUCCAAAAGAUAUUAAAUUUACUGCAGAAACGAUUCCUAGUAAAUUUGACAAUGGCGUAUUGUUAUCAGACCUUGUCCAAAAGAUCGUCAAUGGGGAUACUCUUGCAAAGGAUAUCCCAACCAUUCAAGUAAUUUGGUUCUGCGAUAAAUGGAAAUGGUACGCACUAAACAACCGUCGUCUAUGGGUGUUGCAAGAGCUAGAGAAACGUGAGAAGUUGAGUUAUGUGUCUAUGAACAGAGUAGAACUAUCUGAUCUGGAGUAUGAAUAUCCAAAAGAACUUUUUGAUACAGUUAAUCUUUAUGAGCCUGAAUGGAAUAUAAGAUCUAGCAAUAAUAACUUUAAAGUUGGUUGCAACCGUACCUUAAAUAAUGUGCCUAAUCUUACUCAAACUAAGAAGGUAAUAAAAAACAGUAGUAAAGUUGCUGCAUUUGCUGCGAAAACUGAAAAACAUAAUACUCUCUUAGAACAAAAUGGGACAGAGAUGGAUAUUGAUAAAGAACUUUCAGAUUCAUGUGAAAUAAUUAAAAGUAUAAAGCAAGAAGUUUUGUCCGAUUCUGAUGAUACAUCACAAGGCCAGAAAAAAGAAACCAGUCACACUAAAAAUAAAAACAUGCGUUCAGUUGUAAGAAAAGUAGAUAACAAAAACACUGAUAAUGUUUCAGAAUAUUCAACAGAUUCUGUUUCAUCAAUUACACGGAAACAAAGAGUACUCGACUCUUCGUCUGGACUGUUUGGUUAUGGCUAUUAUCACAUUUACAAAAGUGAAUAUCUUGAUAAGAUUCGUGUUGCCAAAAAUAAGGUGAUUAAACGGUACAAGCCAUUCAAUGUUAACAGAGGUCCAUAUCAGUCUUUAAGAUCUAGCAGGUGUUCUUCUUUUACAAGCCUUGUAAUUGGCAAAAAUGGUAACACAAGAAAAGAUUUAAUAAGUAAUUCUGGAGAUUCAAAUGCUCUCCAAAUAUCUGAAUAUCCAUUUCCAAAUGGAAGAAGACAUUCUAUUUCAGGUUAUCCUAAUGAUAGGGGACUGAAAUCUUCCAUGGGAAAACAAUUAUCAAUAAUAAAUGACAACAGGCCACCUUCUUCUCGAAAACAGUCCUCUCGUUAUAACAAAGGCUCAUGUUAUUUAACGCAAGAUAGGUCGUUCUACUCAAGAAAUCAUUCAGCAUCAUGUAUACGUUUAUAUUCUGAUAAUGUUGAUUAUAAUGAUCAUGAUAAUGUACAGGGAUGGGAAAGUAAUUUUGAUUCACAUUUUGGAUGGGAACUAGAACGUUCGUCUUCAUCAAAUGAUUACAGGCCUUUUAAACAUAGUAGAGCAAUGUCAUGCGAAUCAUUGUCUCUUUGCAGUUAUUCCAACAUGGAAGUUUCAACAAGAAGCUCUGGGGUUAAGCUCUCAGUUUUGUAUGAACUUUGGCAAAAACGCAGGGCAGAGUUUUUAAAAAAUCAGUUCGGAAGACGUGCAAUUUCAAAUGCAUUCACUGAACCAUAUAUGUGUGGUUUAUGUUUUAAAUCUUUCAACCAUAUUGUUGAUUUACAGCAGCACAGUGAGGCUUUAAUGCAUUUUGCAUGCAUCACAUGUGGUAAAUUUUUCUCAAGCUAUGCUUCCCUUGGACAGCACUGUCGUUAUUUUAAUCACAAGAAAGACUAAAUGAACAAUUUAUUUUACUGUUCUGUUUCUUGAUAUUUUGAGUUUGUAUUUUUGAGAAGUUUUAUACAUAUUAGAAAAAAAGCAAGAGGAACUAUGUUCAUGUUUUGUGUAUAGUGACAUAUUUUUUUAAAUAAGUAAACACUUACGUAGUUGUAUUUUUUUAUGAAACUAUUUUUAAGGUGUCAGAAAUUUUUGAUCUAAUUUUUUGUUUUGUUUUUUAUUUUUUAUUGCAUUUAAAGCCCGUAAAGGAUUUAUUUGAAACGUUUGUAUUUUGUUGUUCCAAAAGAAAUUCUUUUUGUCUUCUGUUAAUGCUGUUUUUUUCUGCUGUCCAUUCCUCGUACCUCAAAAUAAA